CAAAGCAAAGAAAUGGAAAACCAAACAUCUGUGACAGGGUUUAUUCUUCUGGGAUUUUCUGAUAUUCGAGAACUACAGUUUUUACACUUUGUGGUGUUUCUCUCCAUUUACCUGUUAGCCCUCAUAGGCAACGUUCUUAUCAUCAAAAUUGUCAUCCAGCACCACCAUCUUCAUACUCCAAUGUAUUUCUUCCUAGUCAACCUAUCUUUUCUUGACAUUGGCUACAUUUCAGUCACUCUUCCAAAAUCCAUGGCCAACUCAUUGCUAGGCAAUGAACUCAUUUCAUACUCUGGAUGUGUUGCACAGGUUUUCUUGGUUAUCUCAUUGGGAGGUACUGAGCUUGGUCUCCUCACUGCCAUGGCUUAUGACCGCUAUGUAGCGAUCUGCUCUCCUCUACAGUACAGCUUGAUCAUGAGCUGGAAUGUUUGUUUCAAAAUGGCAGCCGCUGCAUUGCUCUGCAAUACAAUCAAUGGAGUGGUACACGCUGCAAACGUACUCACUUCACAUUUCUGUUCAUCCCGUAUUGUCGAACAAUUUUUCUGUAUUACCCCUGAGUUAUUAAAGAUAUCUUGUUCUGAUACACAACCCAUAAUCUGGUAUAUGUUUGCCUUUGUAGCUAUUGCAGCAUCUCCUUGUGUUCUGCUUGUAGUGAUUUCCUAUGUUUACAUAUUCUCAACUGUGUUCAAGAUUCAAUCAGCUCAGGGCAGACGUAAAGCUUUCUCCACCUGCACCCCACACUUGACUGUCUUUUCUUUGUUUCUGUUUACUUCCAUCUUUUCUUUCUUGAAACCAAAGUCCUUGUCCUCUGUACCACUGGAUUUGUUGGCUGCUGUUUUGUAUGCAGUUCUGCCACCACUGAUGAAUCCCAUCAUUUAUAGCCUGAGAAACAGAGAGAUUCAAGAUGCUCUGUCAAAAAUGUUUAAUGAUAAGAUUAUACUGUAG